CAUACCGAAUGUUAAGGAUUUUCUCGGAGAUUAGUAUCAGCCCAAAAUAAGAACGCUAGAUCAGGCCUUAGUAAUCCAGCCCGAGCCCAGAAACUCAAUAAAUAUAUAUUUUCAACCCCAAACCCUAGGGUUUUCCGUCUUCAGAGCUGGGCUUAGCUUAACACCAUUAUAACACUCCCCGCCUCACGGAUCCUCUCUCACUCUUCUCUUCAUCACCAGGUACUGUUGAUUUUCAAUGCUAUGAAAAAUCAUGCUUUGAUUCAAUAGAACGUCUUCUUGUUUUGCUCUUCUGGGUUUUCUUUGAAUAGUUAGUGGAAGAAAUUUUGCCUCUUAAUUUGUUUGUAGUUCUACUCCUUUUUGGAAAGGACUGUGUUUGAUGUUAUAACUGAACGCUGUUUUUUGAUUUGUCAGUGUUUUUUGCUACGGAAAAGCUUGUUGUUUUGUAUGUUAGUCUGCUAAGGCAGAUGAUAACGUUGGGAAAUGACCUCGUUUUUCUGGGGAUUGUGGGGUUAAUUCUUUUUUAUUGUAGAGGAAAAUGUAGAUUGCAGUGCCACUCCUAUUGUUGUUUGAUUGCUUAUCAUGGAAAUUUAUCUCCCAUACAAUGUUGUUUUUAGUGCUUCUGCUGGCAAUAGGAUUUAAUGUUUAGGCUUGGGACAUUACUAUUGUAGCUAUGAUUCUUGAAGUUUUAGACACAGGACAAUAUUUGAAGUCUGAAUUUGUUGUCCAUCAUGAUGUGUGUUUUUUGGCAUUUGUUUUACCAAUGCUCAAACUAAUUGAAACAAGUUGGUUUAAUUCGUCAUUGGCACUUCUAAGCAUUUGACAUUGUUUCUUAGAUACUCUCUAUUUAUUCAUUGCUGUAAUUCUUUUUCCUAGUUGGGAUUGUAACAUUUUCUCUUUUGUUUUGGAAAUAGACCUGUGAAGAUGUACACUUCACUGAAGAAAAUUCACAAGGAUAAGGAGGUUGAGCCUACAGAGUUUGAAGAGUCUGUGGCUCAGGCCUUGUUUGACUUAGAAAACACCAACCAAGAGCUCAAAAGUGAUUUGAAGGAUCUGUACAUCAAUUCAGCUGUUCAAGUUGAUGUUUCUGGAGGCAAGAAGGCUGUUGUUAUUCAUGUUCCGUACAGAUUGAGAAAAGCUUUCCGCAAGAUUCAUGUGAGGCUUGUCAGGGAGCUUGAGAAGAAAUUCAGUGGGAAGGACGUUAUUCUCAUUGCUACUCGGAGGAUAGUGAGGCCCCCAAAGAAAGGUUCAGCUGUUCAACGACCUCGAACCCGUACACUUACUGCCGUGCAUGAUGCCAUGCUAGAGGAUGUUGUUGUGCCUGCUGAGAUUGUUGGGAAACGUGUUAGGUAUCGCGUUGAUGGAUCCAAGAUAAUGAAGGUUUUCUUGGACCCAAAGGAGAAAAACAACACCGAAUACAAGCUAGAGACCUUUGCUGCAGUUUACAGGAAACUCUCAGGAAAAGACGUUGUCUUCGAGUACCCAAUGACUGAGGCUUAGAUUGUAUGAGCGGAAAGUUUGGAUGUAGAUCUUAUGGUUGCAAGUGCAUGGUACAACAGUUUUGGGGAAUUUUGACAUGAAUAUUUAGGGGAGUGAACUUUUAGAUGCUUGCCAUCGAAUUUUAUUUCUUCAAUAUAUAGCUCUGUUGGAAGAUUAUGAAAUCUUCAUAUCAAAAUAUGUGUUGUUCCUAUGGAUUUGUUCAUUAUUUUGUGGUUGGAUUGUUGUGAAAGUUUUUUGGUGUACCCAAAGACGGUCUGAAGAAUGAGGUUUAAAUCCAUACAAAAUACUGAAAAAAAGAAACAAGUAGAUGAAAAGGCUAGAAACUUUACACGAACAGUUUUGGUGUCUGUUGACACUUCAUAGGGCAAAAAGAAAUUUGGACAUAUCGUUUUAGAAGGAAAUCUUGUUUUUGUUUUCAUCUCUUCUUAUAUUUGACACUCUAAUUAGAAUACACUUGUCCAUUGCCAUGCGUUAAAUUGUUUGGAAUCUAUGGAGUAAUAUUUUUCCAGAUGCCUUGGCGGACUAAAAUGUAUGCUAAUCUCCAUCUGAAUAUUUGAUCUCGUCGCCC